AAGGGACCCGCACGGACGGGACAUACGCUUCUGGGCUGGGUACAGUCAUUGCCUCAGAAAACCUCCAAACUCUUUCGUCACUUUCUCUCUCUCACUUUUCUCUCUCGCAUAACUUGGGAGACUUUAUUUCUGAAUAGGAAUAACUUCAAUACCAUCAACGAAUAGGCUAUCUGGUGACGUGAAUGCUAACAUAUUCAUGCUCAUUUAGGGAAGGUGUAUUACUGGAGUGACAACUUACCUAUACGUGAAAGCUUGAAGAACAAAAAAGGAAAAGAGAUGCUGCCCCUCUCCAGUAUACAGACUCGCGGAGCGCUGAGUUCUUUGAUGUGCGUGAUGAGUUGCGCGUUGCUGCACUCUGGACUGGCCUCACGGCUGAAGUCUCCCAUUCUGCCCAUCCAGUCGGAGAGGGAGCCUUUAACAUCCAAGGGCAUGUCAGGAUGUUCAUUCGGAGGAAGAUUUUAUUCGCUGGAGGACACUUGGCACCCUGACCUCGGGGAGCCGUUUGGGGUCAUGCACUGUGUCAAAUGUUACUGUGAGACACAAAGGGGUCGUAAGGGUAAGGUGUUGGGAAAGGUGAGCUGUAAGAACGUCAAGCGGGACUGUCCUGAGCCUAGCUGUGAUGCCCCAGUGCUGCUACCUGGACAAUGCUGCAAGACCUGCCCCAAAGGCGAUGCGGACAGGAAGCAAGUGGAGGCAAUGUUUGAUGGCUUCGAGUACUUCCAGGAGAAGGAGAAAGAGGAUGACCUGCACAAGACCUACAAUGACCGCUCAUACCUCAGCUCUGAGGACAUUUCCCCUGGGGAGAGCCGUACUGACUUUGUAGCAGUGUUGACGGGAGUGACAGACUCCUGGUUACCCAGCUCCAGUGGUGUGGCCCGGGCACGCUUCUCUCUCACUAGAACCAGCCUGACCUUCUCCAUCACCUACCAGAGGAUCGGGAGACCAAGCAGGGUUGUCUUCCUUGAUUCUGAUGGAAACACUGCGUUUGAGUACAAGACCCCUAAGGGAGACUCAGACAUGAUCUGUGGAGUGUGGAAGAAUCUUCCCCAAUCCCACGUGCGACAGCUACAGGCAGAACAACUUCGGGUUACUAUGACAACAGCCACCGGUAGACGGGAGGUGAUCGAAGGAAAGAUCAUCAAACACAGAGCACUGUUCGCAGAGACGUUCAGCUCCACUCUGACCUCAGAAGAGGAGCAUUCUGGGAUGGGAGGCAUCGCCAUGCUGACUCUGAGUGACACAGAGAAUAACCUUCACUUUGUUCUCAUACUGCAGGGACUGAUACAACAUAGAGAGAGAGACUCCCCCCUGGUGCCCAUCCAGGUACGACUGCAGUACCGCCAACACGUCCUGAGAGAGAUCCAUGCCAACGUCACCGUCUAUGACACAGACUUUGCUGAGGUGCUGACAGACCUGAACAGUCGGGAGCUCUUCUGGUUGUCAAGGGGCCAGCUGGUGAUCACCGUGGAAACUGAGGUCCAGGACCCCCGACACAUCUCUGGCUUUAUCACUGGCAGGAAGUCAUGUGACACCAUCCAGAGUGUCAUGUCCAGUGGUGAUGCAUUGACACCAGGGACGACAGGCGGUGUGGGAUCAGCAUUCUUUCAUCUCCAUGACAACGGCACCCUGGACUACCAGGUCCAGCUAGUGGGGGUAUCCAGUGAGGUGAUGGGUUUGACCAUUGAGCUAAAGCCUCGGCGGCGCAGUAAGCGCUCCGUGCUGUAUGACCUAACUCCAGAGUUCGACAGGCCCAGCGGGCGGGCGGCUGGCAGCUGGAGUCGUCUGGAGGCGCGUCACAUCCACAUGCUGCUGCAGAACGAACUGUUCAUCAACGUGGCUACGGCACACAGCCAGGAGGGGGAGCUACGUGGACAGAUCAGAGGCCUGCUCUACAGCGGCCUGGAGGCACCCAGACACGAGAUUCCUGUCCCUCUGGCAGGCCAGUUUGUGGCUCCUCCAGUCCUGACCAGUGCUGGGGGCCAUGCCUGGGUGUCUGUGGACGAGCGCUGUCACCUCCAUUAUGAGAUCGUGGUGGCAGGCCUCAGCAAAGCUGAUGACCUCACAGUCAAUGCCCACCUCCACGGAUUGGCUGAAAUCGGAGAACUUGACGAACGCAGCACCAAUCACAAGAGACUGCUGACAGGGUUCUACGGUUCUCAGGCCCAGGGUGUGUUGAAGGACAUCAGUGUAGAGUUGUUGCGUCACCUGGACAGAGGGACAGCCUUCAUCCAGGUCAGCACCAAGGUCAACACCAGAGGAGAGAUACGCGGACGGGUUCAUGUGCCUAAUAACUGUGAGUUUCGGACAAAGGGUGAGGUGGAGUUGGCGGAGUUUGAUGACCUGUUUGUGCGUGAUCCUGAGGAACUAAAGAAAGACCCCCACACCUGUUUCUUCGAGACUCAACACCACGCCCACGGCUCACUCUGGACCCCCAACUACAACCACUGUUUCACCUGCAGCUGUCAGAAGCGCACAGUGAUCUGUGACCCGGUCAUCUGUCCAGUCCUCACCUGCUCUCGCACCAUCCAGCCUGACGAUAAGUGCUGCCCCAUGUGUGAGAGGAAAACCCCCAAGGAAAUGAAGACUCCAGAGAGGCUAGACGAGCAUCCAGAAGGUUGUUACUUUGAGGGGGACCAGAAGAUGCAUGCUCCUGGGUCUACCUGGCAUCCAUUCGUCCCUCCGUUUGGCUACAUCAAGUGUGCCCUCUGCACCUGCAAGGGAGCCACAGGCGAGGUGCACUGUGAGAAGGUGACGUGUCCAGCCCUGACCUGCAGUCGUCCGGUACGCCGUAGCCCCUCAGACUGCUGUAAGGAAUGUCCGGAGGAAGACAACCCCCCCCUGGAGCACGCUGACAUGAUGCAGGCAGACGGGACGAGUCACUGCAAGUUUGGGAAGAACUUCUACCAGAACAGUGACAACUGGCACCCCCGUGUACCCCUGAUGGGAGAGAUGAAGUGCAUCACCUGCUGGUGUGACCAUGGUGUGACUAAGUGUCAGAGGAAACAGUGUCCGGUUCUGACCUGUAGUAACAUCACCCGCCGGGAGGGCAUGUGCUGUCCUGAGUGCCAAGAUUCCAAAGAGGAAGAGGAGGAGCCGAUGAAAGUUCCGGAAAAGAAGAACAGCUGGAGACACUGAGCUGAGACCGCCUCUCCACCCGCAUCCCCCCUUCUACUACCACCCCCCCGCUCUCUACCUACCCCCUCAUGGGGAGACCUAGACCUGCACACUGGGUCAGCUAACACCCCCUAAAGCCAAGACCCCUAUGAUCCACCUACCCCGACCCACAACCCCCCUGUCCACUCCCACCCCUUAGUCAACCUCUGGAUUGUAACGAAGGAAGGAAAGACAAGCAGAGGAAAAGAAGGAGAAAGAGGAGCACCAAGGUGUCAUGGAAGGGACUGAGGACGUACAGUCCACAGAAGCUAACUGAAAGAAUGGAAAGAAAGGACCAAAAAGAGAUAUGGAAUGGACCAACAUAACUGCUGCAGCUGUGUCUUUUGACUGGUAUCUCCUUUGAAAUUGGACUUUUGUUGUUGUUUUUGUUUCUAGUUAUUUUGCUUCCUCUUGAUGAAUAUUACCCUUUCAAAAAUCACACACAAUUACCCUUCAUAUUCGAAUACCGGUACACAAGGUGACACUGUUUGUUGUUUAGUUGUUAAAAUGGAUGUAUUGGUAGUCUUGAUUAGGAAUUAUUUCUGAAGUUCAGCCCUAAGUUGUGUUUGUGCAUACUCACUUUUGAGUGUGUGUGUGUGUGUGUGUGUGUGUGUGUGUGUGUGUGUGUGUGUGUUUACCAGUGGUAAAAAGGCUUGCUAAACUGCCACAAACAUACGAGGCAGUAAACUUACUGGGUGGCUAGAUGGAAACACACACACAAAACAGACUGAGCAUCACUGACGAUCUCAUAAAUCAGCACCACACAUAUGUUCUCUUAUCCCAUCCAGUCAGCACCAAUAGAACACUUCCCUUGGAAAAGCAUAACAAGAAUCUAUUCUAAUUGCUUACUGAAGAGAUUAGAAUAUACAGUAAGUUUACAUGAACAUCUGUUUUAGAUUUAUUUGCAGCUCUGACCUGUAUUGCACCUCUUCAUGUGCUCGUCCAUGAUGUUAUCAGUUUCUCAUUUCAGUAAUAUGUGUAAUUAUUUUAGAAUACUUUGUAUUACUGUUGUUAUGUUUAUGAAUCUUGCUUGUAUUUAUUGAACGUGUGAAAGAAAAAAUAA